UAACGGUCACCAACAAUAAACAAAAUAUUAUCCACUUAUGAUUGAAACUUAGAUGAAGAACUCGCUUCUCAUUUUCUUCUUUCUUUUCUCUCAUCAAUGGCCUUCGAUCUUCUCAAAUUUCAUUCCCAAAUAACCGUACCUGCUAAACCCAUUUUCCCUAAUCUACUCCCCACCAAGAAUUUCUUCCCUCUCCUUCCAGUUCCUCCCUCUCAGCUCUUCCCAAAUCCCCAUUUCCAUGUCUCCUUCUAUCUUCCUCAUUCAACUCACAUAUCAAGAACAAUCCCUUUUAUACUUCAUUCUUCUUUGUCUUCUUCAACCCCACCCACCUCAAAACACGAUGCCAUUUCCCAGGCCAAAACCUGCCUCUCUACCACACUCGAAAAGCCCCUCAACAACAUUAGGUUUUCCGGUAAGAUCAUCAAGAAGGCAAAGCAACCCAGAUUCCGUGUGGAGAUUCCGGUCGUUGAUGAAUCGUCCGCCUCUCUGAUCGAGCUCGCUUAUGAGGUGUUUGGGGACUUACCCAUUAAGAGAAAAGGGUCCCCUAUUAAAAUUUUACUCGUUUGGUCUAACUCCAUGUUGGCUGAAGCUGCUAGUAAAGCCUUUCACUCUCGUUCUGCUGAUCAAGUUGAACAGAUAGACGUUUCUUCAGUUGAUGGAUUAGAUGCUAGAAUUCUGAAUUCUAAUGAUGUGGCAGUGUUUUUGGGGCUAAAAUCUUCUCAAAUUCGAACUAUAAAGACUGUUACAGAUGGUUUUUAUCCUAAGCCAGUGGUGAUUUUCAACCCCAAAUGGGCAUUUGAGGAGGAGAGUGAAUUUGGUGAGCUGAGUGGGUUUAUUGGGUCUUUUGAGGUUAUUUAUUCCUUCAUGGGUUUGGAAGUUCAAGGGAUUUUGAACAAGAGAAAAGGGAUGAUUUUCAAGUGUGUGAGAAAUGGGGUCUUGAGUGGUGAGCUAUGGAAUGUGCUUGUUGAAGAGGAAGGAGGAGAAUUGAAGGCGGUUUCGAAGUUCAAGGCGCGUCCAUCAAUCACAGAGGUUGAGAAUGUGUUGUACAAUUUGAUGGCCAUGAACUCACCCAUCACCAAGUCUGCAAAGUUCUUGAGGGAUUUGGUCUCAAACGUAACUGGGAAAAACUAUGAUGAAGCAUUUGGUUUUUGUUAAUGUUGUUUGUUCUAUAUUAUUUCCAUUAAAGAAGUAAUGAUCUCAAGUCGAGAGUAGGUAGACAAUACUAAUAAUAUCAAGCAGAACAAUGAUUUGAUUCAGACUAUGAAAUUUCAUAAAGCAAAACGGAAAUUCAGAAUGAAGUUGAAGGAUUAGCAAUGGAAGAUUGAGAUUUUUAUUGCCAAGAAAGCACAAUUACAAUCAUCUGUAAGCAAAAUUCUUCAUUGCUGCACUCAAAUAAAAGAAGGGGUUUUUGAAAUUUGAACAAAGAACAGAAGGCCGAUAGAAAUCAAACACCGGUGUCGAAGUCAUUUCUCCCGGAUUGCAAAGAUGGAUUUGAUUUCUUUAGGGAACAAGAAAACAUGAAGGCUUGUAUUUGAGACUCGCACUUGACACGAUCGCCAUUAUUUUCCUGCAAACAUUUCUUGAGAGCUUCAACAUCACAUGGCGAUGGAUUCUUCGUCACAGCCCUAGAUUUCUCGGUUAUACCAUCCAUCGAGUUUCAACUAGUAAGCGGAGAAUUAUGAUUUUGUAACGCAAAUUAAAUUGAAAUGGAGAAAUCGUAGAAAAUUGUAACUGUGGAAGGGAGAUGUAAAUCCGAUCGAACACACUCCGCGCGCAGCCGAUGAACCACCGCUGCUAAGCUAAUGAAGAAAUGAAAGAAUAAUAAGAUUUUUAUGUAGACGACUCAGUUCCGCCAUUGGGGAAUUCUAACCCUAAUAUAACUCAAAAUUUCAGAUUUGGAUGGCACAUUUUCUUGUCCA